GCCACUAGUGACCUCUACAAUUGGAAAGCUCAGAAUCCUAAGUUUUCUGAGAAACCGGCAGGGCUUAUUGAUUUAUUAGACUCUGUUCUUUUUACCCCUCAGCCCACGUGGGACAAUUGCCAGCAGCUUUUGCAGGUCCUGUUCACGACUGAAGAAAGAGAAAGAAUCCUCAAUGGGGCCCGAAAACUAGUUCCGGGUGCAGACGGGAAUCCCACCACCAACCAGGCUCAGAUAGAUGCCUCCUUCCCCUUAACUCGGCCCCAGUGGGAUUUCAACAUGGCAGAAGGUAAGGAGAGGCUCCAGGUCUACUGCCAGACUCUAAUGGGGGGUCUCCGAAUGGCUGCUAGAAAGCCAACCAAUUUGGCCAAGGUAGGAAAUGUACAACAGGGAAAAGAUGAAUCUCCGGCUGCCUUUUUAGAACAGAUCAUGGAGGCAUUCCGUACCUAUACCCCCAUGGAUCCAGAGGCUCCGGAAAGCAAGGCAGCUGUUAUCAUGGCCUUUGUAAACCAAUCGGCCAUAGACAUUAGGAGAAAAUUACAGAAAAUAGAUAGACUAGGAGAAAAAAGUCUGCAGGACUUACUGGUGGUAGCCGAAAAGGUAUAUAAUAACCGGGAGCCUCCUGAGGACAAGCAGGCUCGUGCCAUGGCGGCUGCCAGCAGUAAGCAGACUCAAGACCUGGCCAGAAUACUACUAGCUACCAUUGCUGACUCCCCCGAGGAACGAGACUGCCAUCUCUGGCAGCUGGCAGAUGACACAAGAAAAGGUAAAGGAACCCAAGGGGGGGGGAAGCAGAGGCUGCAGAAGAAUCAGUGCACAUACUGCAAGGAGAUAGGGCAUUGAGCCCGAGAUUGUCCAAAAAGGGCCGGCGGGUAGGGAAGCAAGACUGAUCGAGUAAAAGUCCUAGAGAUAUAUGAACUAAGUGAUUAGGGGAGUCGGGGUUCGGACCCUCUCUCCAAACCCAGGGUAACUCUUAAAGUGGAGGGGACACCUGUUGACUUCCUGGUCGACACUGGAGCACAACAUUCGGUCCUCCGCACCCCACAAGGAAAACUAGCCAGCAAGAAGUCCUGGGUACAAGGGGCAACUGGUAUGAGCCAGUAUUCAUGGACUACCUGAAAAACAGUAGAUUUGGGAAUGGGCCGGGUAUCCCACUCCUUUAUGGUAAUACCAGAAUGCCCCUACCCGCUGUUAGGACGGGACUUACUGACCAAGAUUGGAGCUCAGAUAACUUUCAGACAAGGGGGGCCUCAGGUCACUGAUGACAAGGGCCACCCCAUCCAGGUCCUGACCAUGAAACUGGAGGAUGAAUACUGCCGCCACCAGGAGGCACUCCCAAGAGAGGAUAAUAUAGACAGAUGGCUACAAGAAUUCCCCUCGGUUUGGGCAGAGAUGGGGGGGAUGGGACUAACCACUCACAGGACCCCAGUCCUGGUAGAGCUCAAGCCAGGAGAGAGUCCAGUAAGGAUCAAACAAUACCCCAUGUCUCAGGAGGCCCGGAAGGGGAUCCAGCCACACAUCCAGAGACUACGAAGCCUAGGGGUACUAGUUCCUUGCCAGUCUGCCUGGAACACCCCCCUACUGCCGGUCAAAAAGCCUCACACAAAUGACUACCUACCAGUACAAGACCUCCGGGAAGUAAAUAGGAGGGUCACAGACAUACACCCAACUGUUCCCAACCCAUAUACUCUCUUGAGCUCCUUGGCGCCCUCCAGGGUCUGGUAUACUGUACUAGAUUUAAAGGACGCCUUCUUCAGUCUGCCGCUGGCACCCCAGAGCCAACCCUUGUUCGCCUUUGAGUGGCAUGAUCCGGAGGAGGGCUACAGUGGGCAACUCACCUGGACACGGCUACCUCAGGGAUUCAAAAAUUCACCCACCAUCUUCGACGAGGCACUACACGAGGACCUGGGUGAGUACAGAAGGGAGCAUCCUGGCCUCACCCUUCUGCAGUACGUAGAUGACAUCCUGAUUGCUGCCGACAUGGCCAAAGACUGUGAGCGAGGGACCCAGGACCUGCUGGCUACCCUGGGGGCCUUAGGGUAUCGGGCAUCCACGAAGAAGGCUCAGAUAUGCAGGGAGAGUGUAAGUUACCUGGGAUAUAUCCUGGAGGGUGGACAGUGGCAGUUAUCAGAUGCCAGAAAAGAAACUGUCCUAAAGAUCCCUACUCCCACCUCCCAAAGAGAAGUGAGGGAAUUCCUAGGAUCAGACGGCUACUGCCGCCUCUGGGUUCCAGGUUUUACUGAGAUCACCAGGCCCUUAUAUGAAGCUACCAAAGAGGGGAAAACAUUUAAAUGGGCUGAAAAAGAAGAAACUGCUUUUAAUCAGUUAAAAAAGGCCCUCCUAAGUGCCCCAGCCCUGAGUCUACCAGACAUUACGAAGCCCUUCCACCUCUUUGUAGACGAACAUAAGGGAAUAGCAAAAGGGGUUCUAACUCAAGCCUUAGGCCCCUGGAACCGCCCGGUGGCUUACCUGUCUAAGAAACUAGACCCAGUGGCUGCCGGCUGGCCGCCAUGCCUAAGAAUUAUUGCGGUGAUAGCACUCCUAGUCAAGGAUGCAGACAAACUGACCCUAGGACAGGAGAUCUGGAUCACGACCCCACACGCCAUUGAAGGGGUCCUGAAACAGCCUCCGGAUAGAUAUAGCAAUACACGUAUGACUCAUUACCAGAGCCUCCUACUCAACCCUCCACGAGUGCGGUUCCACCCCAGUGCAGCCCUCAAUCCUGCAACCCUGCUGCCUGACCCUGACCUAGGUGCUCCACUACAUGACUGUGCGAGAAUCUUGGAACAAGUACACGGAUACUGGACGGACCUGACCGACCGGCCCCUCCCUGAUGCCGAGGCUACUUGGUUCACUGAUGGCAACAGCUUUGUGCGAGACGGACACAGGUAUGCUGGUGUAGCGGUGGUCACCGAAACAGACACCGUAUGGGCAGAGGCUCUACCCUCCGGAACGUCAGCCCAGCGAGCAGAGAUCAUAGGCCUCACCAAGGCGCUGAUGCUGGGAGCUGGAAAACGGCUUCACAUCUACACAGACAGCCGUUAUGCAUUUGCCACAGCUCAUAUUCAUGGGGCAAUUUAUCAGGAGAGGGGGUUACUGACAGCAGAAGGACGAACUAUAAAAAAUAAGCAGGAGAUACUUAACCUGCUUACAGCCUUAUGGCUUCCUGCCAAGGUAGCCAUUAUCCACUGCCAAGGGCACCAAAAAGCUGAUAACCCAGUAGCUAGAGGUAAUCGAAAAGCUGACCAGGCAGCCAAGGCAGUAGCCCUUACUUCAGUCUCCACCAUGACCAUACAACUACCGGACCCGGGAGACCCAGUUUUACCAGACCAGCCCAAAUACUCCCAGGAGGAGUUACAGCAGAUCAAGAAACUGGGGGCCCAAAAAUUAAAAGACUUAAUCCAACAUGCCAGAAUCAAGAUUCACCAACAGGACACCAAAAUAGAGCAAGUUGUAUCUGCCUGCAAGACCUGCCAACUCACCAACGCGAGAGCCACAUCAAAUAAAAAAGGAACCAGGCUCAGAGGCACCAGAUCGGGAGCCCAAUGGGAAGUCGACUUCACUGAAGUCAAACCAGGAAAGUAUGGUUAUAAAUAUCUUUUAGUAUUUACAGACACCUUCUCUGGCUGGGUGGAGGCAUACCCAACCAAGCAUGAAACAGCUCAGACGGUGGCUAAGAAGCUACUAGAAGACAUAUUACCCAGGUAUGGUUUUCCUGCCAUGGUAGGAUCAGACAAUGGACCAGCUUUUAUCUCAAAGGUAACACAGGCAGUAGCCAAGGCAGUGGGGGCAAACUGGAAAUUACAUUGUGCUUAUAGGCCCCAUAGCUCAGGACAGGUAGAAAGAAUGAAUAGAACCCUAAAAGAGACCCUUACCAAAUUAACCACGGAGACUGGCGGGGACUGGGUGACUCUCCUACCGUACGCUCUUUACCGGGUUAGAAACACUCCUUACACUCUGGGUUUUACUCCCUAUGAGAUCAUUUUUGGCAGGCCACCCCCUGUUAUUCCCAGCCUUCGAGCUGAAUUUAUUGCUGAGUUUAAAGAUCAAGAAGUUUUUCUUUCCUUGAGAGGGCUCCAGAGGGUGCACGAGGACAUAUGGCCGCGCCUCCGUGCCAUCUAUGAGGCUGGCCCGACCCGGACACCUCAUCAGUACAGGCCAGGAGACUGGGUCUAUGUCAAGAGGCACCACCGAGAGACUCUCAAGCCGCGCUGAAAGGGACCCUACAUCGUGGUGUUGACAACCCCCACCACUUUCAAAGUAGACAGCAUCGUGACCUGGGUCCAUCACACCCACGUUCGGCCAGCAGACACCUCCUCGAUCCGGAAGGACUUCGUCACGCGAUGGGCCAUCAGUCGGGACCAACACAACCCGCUCAAGCUCAACCUACAGCGCAUUCAACCCACCUAAUAUUGGUAACUCUGUUAACUCUGCUUGUCAUUGCUCAUGCUGCCGGGAGUCCCCACGCCCCCCAAAACAUCACCUGGCAGAUCAUAGACAUCAGCUCGGGGACAAUACUUAAUCAGACCUCCCAGAGCCACCCCAGGGACACUUGCUUCCCAGAACUUUGUGUAAACCUCCAAACUCUGUUCCCCUUGUCACCAUAAAUGCAGCCGGUCCCAUGAUUGGGUCCCUAAGCUACAUGGCA